AUGACCCUAGCGCAGGUUCACAACUUCGAGAAAAAAUACAAAUUGAAAUGUCUUUCAGGAUUUCAAAAAAAAAAUAGUCGAAAAAAAAAAUGAAACAGUUUUCGCCAGCAGCGAAUCUUUUAGUUUGCUUUAAAAUUGAUAAUUUGUGACCGUUUCUUUUGGAAAUACAAAAUUUUCUUACGUUAGAUUUAUUCUGUGAAAACCUGGCGAUAUUGCUUUUUGAGAAAAAAUUUGAAUUUAUUCGGAGAAAAAUUGCAAAAAAAGCUUAUAAUUCAGGCGCUACCGGACUUCCUCAUAUCAGCAACAUACAUACCGCUGUAUAUAGCCAGAUACUUUCAAUUCGGAAAUGAGUUCUACUUUAAAUAUCAAGAAUACUACCUACCCAGCUGGGUGAAGAACCACGGAAGUCUGCUGAUUAUCAUGAAAGCGUUCGGAGUGGGAGUUAUUUCUUAUCAACGCUACUUGACGCUUUGUAGGCCUCACAGUUGGCUUAACAAGGUUUGCAGCUAGCCAGUAAAAUGUAGACAAAAUUUUGAACUUGUUGAGAAAGUUCUCAGAAAUGUAAUCCAUAAGGAAAAGUCGAGAUAUCCAAAAUAUGAUUUCCUCUUAUAGCAAGUCAAAGAAAGUCCACCUUGGCGUAUACUUCUCGUUCUCUGGGGACUUCCUGUUCUGGUUUGUACUCCCGUCUGGACUAACAACAGCGCACGAUUUUUGGAUCCAAUCACUUUAGGCCUCACCAGCUCCGCUAGCUGGACAAAAGUAACUACCGUUUCUCUUUCAAAACUCUACACCAAUUUUUAGAUUUCCUCCACGAUCACUAUGUGCUGCAUGGUGCCGAUAUUCAUAAGUGUUUUAUUUUCUUACACUAAAAUUUUCCGAUUUUUAUACUCUCACAGCGAUCUUCUCAGAAAGUUUGGAGUUUGAAAAAAGUUGCAAACUGAAGUUAUAAUUCCAGGGAAGGAGAGAAAAGAAUGAAAAGAGAAGUCCGUCUCAGUUUGCAUGUUUUUAUUCUCGUUUGCUAUUUUCUCAUCAUAUUCUCCUACUUCAUCACCGAAAUCACGUUGAAUCUGAUGGAUAGGGCAAGAGUUGGAAAAAAGAGAAAGAAAGAAGAUUUGAUUUUAGCAAGACCUUAUGAUAAUUUAUUUGCGGGCGAAUUGGCCGCUUCUCGAAGGGAAUUUCGCAUUUAUAAAUCCCUUGGACUCUAGUCAUUCUCAACUUUGACGUUCAGCGCCAUUUAAUGCUCUCGAGAACUGUUUCUACCAUGGUAAGAGCCCAUGAGAAGAUAAAACCUGAAAAAAACAAUUCUGAAAAGUUUUGUGGAUUAAUAUAGAAAUCAAUUAUUCAAUGAUUCCUUAUAUUUUUAUAAAAUCUUCAGGAGCCAUCAAGCCGAAUGGGAAUGCAAGUUUUACAAUCGACGGCAGCGAGAUCGACUCAAAUUUCGCUACGCUGAGACAAUUUUUCUCACUGAUAAAAAAACGAUACUACAAAUUAAUAAACUUUUUACUGUUUGAACGUAAUAAAAAAAAAAAACAAUACUUAUGUCUUUUUUCGUACAAACAACAUUAAAAAGGGCUUGAAAAGUUGACUACGAUUCUGUGAGAAUUAUGAAUCAGGCAGUGUGUGAAAAAAUAUCUCUAUCACCACAUCUUCCGGGAAGGCUGUGAAACAACAUGGUUUUGAGCGUGAGAAAAGCUCUAAUGUCAAUCAUUUUCAUCAAGUCUCACCUCAUAGUUAUGCCUCGGAAGCUAUUUUUUUCCUUUAGUUGUGUUAAAUUCAAAAAUAUAUAUAUAUGUAUAUAUAUAUGUAGAAUUUGACAUCUGCAGCUGUGGUGCUGUCUUAUCAAUUAGCCAACAAACGUUCCUUGGAUCGAAUACUUUUGCAGAAUUACUCAUUUUUCCGAGCCCGAAUAAAGCAUCUCAUUCCGUUUUCAUCAGGUUAUGCGCGCUCCUUCCUGGCAGAAUUAUGUAUUUACUGUCGAAGCGAUACUUACGAUACCGAUCUACACAACUUUGACGAUUUUUCUCAUCGCUUGGCGAAGGGAAAAGCCUCUGUUCCGGUCACCAUACUACACAAUGACUUUGGCGCAGGUUGAGCAAGAUGAAAUAAAAGCCAAACAUUAGAGUUAUUCCGAUCCAGAAACAGUUGAGAUUCCGAUGAUUGAAUACCCUAGAAGCUUUUAUGAAAGUUUAUCAGAUGUUAAAAAAUAAUAUACAGGUGAUUCCCGACUUCGCUAUCGUAGCCACCUAUUCUGUUUUGUGGAUAGCACGGUUUUUCCAUAUCGGCAACGAAUUUAUCUUCAAAUAUCAAGACUUUUUCUUCGCAAACUACAUGAUGAUUCAUGCCACCGUCCUACUCAUAAUGAAGGCGUUUGCAGUAACGGCAAUCGCAUUUCAAAGAUAUCUAGCUUUGUGUUGCCACACCAGUUGGUUGCACCAGGUGAAUUCGGAAAAAAAAUCCAAGCUAGGAGUCUCGACUUAAUCAUCUUUAACUCGAAAUCCCAAAAAAAAGCUCAACUUUCAGAAAAUGAAUCGUUGUCCACCUUGGAUCUUCUACCUCGUCAUAUGGGGCCCUCCAAUUCUAAUUUGCACUCCGAUUUGGACGAACAGUAAAGCGAAGUUUAUCGACUCUGAAGACCUAUUUUUCAGCAUUCCAGAACACGUUUCAAGGGUGAAAAAUCUUUCAAGCCCAUGGUAAAUCCAAAAAAAUGUUGCAGAUCUCUUCGAUCACCUCCCUGGUAACGCUUACUCCAAUUCUGACCAUCAACGUAUUUUUCUACGCGAGGAUUUUCAAAUACUUAAUCGUCCAUAGGAAACUUUUGAAAAAGUUUGCAAAUUGUUAGGGCUCAAAGCGCCAUUGACCCGAUCGAAAACUUUGUAAUCGGUUGCGCAAAAACAAAGAAAGGCCUCUAUUCAUUUUCUUCGUGACUCUUUGAGGAUAACUUCUAGUUUAAUGAAAUCACUAUUUAUAAAGACACCAAAAUGUCACUUUGAGUCAAGGACUAGAAAAGGGGAAAAAAGAGAAAUCCAAGUUGAAAAUUUUCAGAACAAGUGAAAAAACAAUGAAUCGAGAACUGCGGUUGAGCUUGCAAGUGUUCCCACUUGUUUGUUUUUUUCUCGUGAUCUAUUCUUGUUUCGUUGGUACAUUGGUUCUCAACGAGAUUGGACGGGUGUGAAGAUGAAGAAAAGACAAGUGAAUCCAUACUCAACCGUUUCAGCCGGACCUGAACGCAGCUUACUUGUUCUCAAACUACGCGUUGAUUCUGAGCAACUUCGCGUUCAUCAAUCCGUGGACCCUUUUGAUUCUUAACACCGAUGUUCGGCGCAAUCUCUUCGGGUUUGCAAUAUGGAGCUUUAGUGUGAGUUUCCGAGAUUUUAAAAGUUAUGAAUCCCAGCGUAGGAUUUAGAAUUUGCAAUUUUUGCUCUCAAAAAAAAAAAAGCAGCUGAAAAGUCAGUCUUAGAAGAAUAGCCAAAUGAAUAAUUUCAUAAUCAACUAAACCAGUAUAACUUUUUUUUUAAUAAUAAUGAUUUAUUUCAUUCACAAAAAUAUCAUCUGUGAAAAAUCAGGAGACAAGUGAUGGACACAAGGAGUGAGAUGAAUGGAAAUAAAUAAAACCCGAAUUUUCAGCACCCCAACGAGUGCAGAUACCGGGACUGAUUAUACACGUAAAUUUAGGAGAUAUAGUAAAGAAAUUUCCUAAAGGAGUCUGGCCGGCACGUUCGUGUACAAUUCGCAGCUGUCGAGCGAGUCGAGGAUCCUUCUAAAGCUAGUUGGCGAAAUGUUGAGGUCAUAUCUAGAGCAGAGUCGAUUCCAAAUUGGAAUGACUGAGCUAAAGAAAUUCGAAAAGUGAGAACCCGUCUGAACAAGCCGAAGAGGCUGUCGAGGCGAAUGAGUUCUUCUGA